CCUAGGUUACAAGGCUGUCUUGGAAACCCUAAAUCUUUGCUUAUUUGGAACCCAAAUCUUUACCCAAUUAGCCUUUGCCAUCUAUCUGCAUCAUCCAGGGUUUCUAUUUCAUUUUAGGUUUAGACAUGUUCUUUUCAUCGUACGUGUGGCUUGAUGCUAUAAGGGUUUGAGUAUUGCCCAAUGAAGAAGCAUGUCGUGUAUGUAUAUGCAUUGCCAUCAGUCAAUUCACAUACAUUCUUCUAUUUUUUAUACAUUGAAUACUUCUUGAAAAUUGCUAAUACUUUCUUCACAGUUUCAAGUAGCACAUUGUAUAAUCAUUGUUGUUCAAGCAAUCUCAUUGGCUGCACAUUUUCCUUGGAAAUUGCCAAACUUUUCAUUUCUUCUGCAUCCACAAUUUUUCACUAAAUGUAUUCACUUUCCUUCUCCCACCAAACUCGUCCUCACUCAUCAUUAAAUAUUUCCUCUCUCAUUGCAUUGAACCAUGUUAAAUCUCAUCUUGUAACCAGAUCCUCAUCUUCCCCAGAUUCAUUCAUUAUUAGCUUUAAUGCAAGCAAAAUUCACUCCAAUCUUGCUAUGUCUCCAAUCAGUUACUGUUUCAUCGAUUGUGCAACAUAUCUGAAUGUUGAAACUGCCCAGGCAAUUGAUCAAAUUCAUGGUUCAUGUGUGCACAAAAUUCUCAGUGGCCUACACACUUUCCACAUGGAGUAUGAUCCACAUAGUAAUUUGGGGAAACUACCGCAGUGCUUUGUCCGCGAGUUUGGCAGCUUAAUUGACACACAUGUGAUGCUGCAGGAUCCUAAUGGUAAUGAGUUUCAAGUUCGUGUCCUGAAAAAGUGUAAUGAAAUGUACUUUGAACAGGGAUGGUUGGUUUUAAGAGAUUUCUAUGAUAUCUGGUUUGGAGCUUGGGUUAGUUUUACAUAUAUUAAUCUCAAGCUCUUGAUUAUAAGACUUACAACAAGAUGGGGCACCAAUGUUAAGUACCCUUUCCAUGAUCCUCCACAUAAACAUAUGCUGGCCACCACUGGUACUAAUUCUAAUAUUGGGACAUCCACAGAUCUCAGAACUUCCUCUAAUGUCCUUGUGCUACCAAGAUCUUCUGUUCGUACUUACCUUAAGAGACUGACAUUGUAUGAUGUCCAGUCUGGAAUUUUGGUCUUGCCCUGGUAUGGCUUUGGUGAAUUUGCCUUUGCAUAUACUUUCAAUGAAUUGGUUCUGGUUGAUCAUGUUGGUUGCCGGUAUCCAUGCCGCGUGCAGUUUGGCGUGGACUCUGAGGGCGAGCUGGCUUGUAAGGUUUUUGGUCGCUGGAUGGAUUUUUGCAGGAAACAUUGCUUGGCAGAGGGGCAAAAAAUUCGAUUUGCUGUUAACGAACCUACCCGAAAUUUUGUGAUGUAUGUUUGUGUAUAUCCUCAAAUAGGAAUACAAACCACUCUUAGUUAUCCUUUAAACGAUGACUCUUAUUUGCUUCUCUGUGUUUCUCAACAAUAUUUUGUGGCCUCUUCUUGA